AUGCUACGUGGAACGCAAGUUUGGUAGAAAUUUAGCCUCGAUUUCUCCGUUUGAGAUUACAAGGACGAUUACAUGUAACACGCUCCCUCCUUCGUGGGGGAGCUUGUUGCGUGCGAGUCCAAAGAAAGAGACUGGUGUCGAGGAUUGUUUCCUACGAAGGAGCUAUGAAGGUAAAAUACUUUUGAUAAUCACUUCUCUCUAUCGCGAUAAGAUAACUGAGAGAAAUGAAGCUGGCGUUUCCCCGACUCCAUGUGGAUACAUCUGCCACCACAGGGCUUAUUGAGUGGUACUGUCAACGACUGGGAAUGAGUGUGCUAAAAGAGAUGCGAAGCGAAACCGAUUUGAUACACUGGGUUGGUUUCGAAAAUAACCCGAAGUCGGCAUGUAUUGAGUUUCGAUCUCACUUUCAGCAAUCCAGUCCACCCAAGCUUUACGUACCCAAACCAUCUCAAGAUGUGUACUGGAAGAUUGGACUGUCUCUAGCUGAUGUGGACACUGCUCGGUCACAGCUUAUGAGCCACGGAGUCGAUGUAACUCAACCCAGACAGUUUCGAGACAUUGGCUACCUAUGUCACUUGAGCGACCCUUUUGGGUAUUCCAUAGAACUAUUGCAACGUGAUUUCCAAAGUAACUUCUGUUCUGAGCGGAUAAAAAGCUUUCUUAAUCCAACCUUCGCUCUACGUCAGCAAACACACGUGGGUCAAAUAACUCUUCGAGUCUCCGACAUCAAAGAAUCCCUCAGGUUCUACGAGUCUUCACUAGGCAUGAAACUUCUUUCAAGGCAAAACAUUCCAGACAUGUUUGAUCUUUAUUUCUUGGCUUGUACAGAUGAAAAACCACCAUCAGAUGACGUGAAUGCUGUAGAAAUCCGAGAGUGGCUUUGGAAAAGACCCUAUACGACCCUCGAGUUGCAGUACUGGACUGUAAAACGCUGCAACUUUAACAAUCCAGACUUGGACCGUCAAAGUGGCUUUGGCGCUCUUGUAUUCACUGUCGAUACACAACGAUUUGAAGAUCUGAAAACUAAUCAUGAUACUAUGGAAGAUGUCAGCCAAAAAUAUCCAGAAUAUCAGAGUAAUGUGCUUCAAUGUAUCGACCCUGAUGGCACACGCGUGUUGUUCAUUCAACAAUGAUUGUCACUUACAGAAAUAAUCCUCUCGACCAUUUUUAACUCUAAGUAACAAGUAUUGCAUUACAAGAAAGACACUUGUUUGACUUCAAACUCGCUUUAAAGACUUCAAACUUUACCACAUUUUAUUGAUCAAUCGUAUUUUAUACUUCUUAAGAGCCAAAUUUGGCUGGUAAACAUAAAUUACAUUCCGCCACUUGACCAGAGUCCUUGAAACUCAAAAGGCCGUUUUGAUUUUUUUGUAUAGAAGUGUUUCCUAUGGCUUUAUCAGCAUUAUUGGAGAGCUGGCAGAAAAAAAUAUAUUUGCAGUAACGGGUUAGUGGUAGAGAGCUUGGUAUAUAAUCUGUAGAAUCAAUCAUUAGCUUUUGGAAGACAUAAUCAAGUGGACUUAUUAGUUCUCACACUGAUAUAAGUUUAGUUUGCUUCAAAGUCCUCUUUGGUUCAUAUACAUUUUGUGUGGGAAAUAAAUUAAUAAAAGGAAACUGUAGUUACCAAUCACUGGGUCCACAUUAAGUCAUCAUAGGAAACAGUUGCAAGAAUAAAUUAGAAACCCCCACUAUCUUGAUGAAAUCAAAUUAAUCAGCUUUCCCAGAAUUAAUGACUGAUAACAAAACUAAUACAGACCACUGCACCUACUUACAAGUAACCUGAGGCUGUGUUAGUAAUAAAAUACAUUAUUUGA